AUGUCGUCCUACUCCAACACUGACACUGGCAGCAAGACUGCUGACCCUUACAAGGCCGCCAACAAGGAUGAGCAGUCUGCCGAGCAGAAGAUCACUGCCUUGACCAAGUUCAUCUCCUCCACAAAGUUUGGCAUGAUGACCACCCGUGACCUUGCCACUGGCCGCCUUGUCUCAAGAUGCAUGGCCGUCGCCGCCAAGGAGAACGCCGGCAUCGACUUGCUCUUCUUCACAAACACCGAAUCUGGCAAGACGGACGAAAUCAAGUUCGACUCGCACACCAAUGUCUCCUUCCUCGACAGCAACGGCCAGUGGGCGUCCGUCUCGGGCACCAGCACCAUCGAGACGGAUCGCGCCCUCAUCAGGGAGCACUACACGCCCACCCUCAAGGCCUGGGUCGGCGAUCUCGGCGAUGGCACCCACGAUGGCUCCGAGAACGACCCUCGCAUCGGCAUCAUCCGCGUCAAGACCGAGACCGCCACCUACUCGGUCAGCGACAGCACGCUGCUGGGUUUUGCCAUCGAGGUUGCCAAAGGUGCCGUGACUGGCCGACCCGCCAAUGUCGCGAAGCUGCGUGAGAUCAGCGAGAGCGAGAUUUCGCAAUGGAGAAGCUCUCACUAG